GGUUUCACGAACUGGACACUUCCCAACAACUUCUCGUCGAAUUCGUCAUUCUCUCUUUUCUCGUCAUCAUUUCUUCCACUUGCACAAUGAAUUACUGUUCCAUCAAACGGGCUCAAACAGCAUCUUCUCAUACGCCGCUUUCAGACCUCGCACCAAUCAGUAGCUUCAUGCAUGCUGCUCUCAUUCUCCAACACUCACUGGAAAUCGACACUCAAUCCCCUGCUAAAUCGCUCCUCUCUUUGACUUAUGGAGCCGCAGCUCCAGACCCAGACCCAGAGCUAGACCAGGAACUAGCUUUAAACCAGGGCUUAAACAGCCGGUCCAGCGAUUGAUAGCUCUGAACCAGGUGACCCCGUCCCUAACGUCUAAGCCAGCGGAGCCCUGACGUCGUUUCAAACUCCCGCCGCAACCCUCCCAACAGCCGACUGUUAACUUCUUCCAUUCCGGUCUCUCUCAUCUUUCUUUCAAUUUCAACCUUCGUUCUUAUUCUCCUUUUGGCAUUCAACUUGCCAGUUCGUCGCCGUCUUUCUUGGAUACCACUUGUCGCCAUCGUACCACGCUCUCUCUGCUGAAUCGUCGCCAGUCAUGAGUACUGCCGCCGAUCUGCCUGCCACCGGCCCUGGGCUUCGGCAACGGCAAUCUGGGGUUGAUCCUCCUGCCCAGCAGGACAAGCCUCAAGCAGAACAAGGGCAUAGUCGCCAGUCAUCUGAUGUGCCUGUCCCAUCUGAUACGUCUAGUAAGACGUAUGGUCGAACCCCAGACGGCACAGGUAUGUACAUUCCAUUAAGGCUGUGGUGGUGUGUUGCGUCGGGGCGUCUUUGGCUGACUGUCACAUGUAGUCUUUAUCGUACCCACAACCCAUGAUAUGGUUUCUCAGCUUUUGGAUCCUCGACAACCCAAGAACCUUUCUGAUGCAAUUGUCUUGACAAUUUUGGGUCUUCACAUACUGGCUGCUUAUUUCCUCCCAUCUAGCUCAAAACGUAUUGUUUUCGCUGCUGUCUUCCUGUUCUGGCGAGCUUGUUACAACAUCGGCAUUGGUGUACUCCUCCAGAUUCAGUCAAAUCACCGGCGUCUUGUCACUUGGGCUCGGCGCUGGAAGCUCUUCGAGAAUCCUUCAACAGGCAAAAACCCGCGACCAUGGCUCUACAAGCUACUAAAGAACGAGCUCGAGACAAAGAUCCCGGAGGACUAUGAAUUCGAGAAGGCCCCCAUUGAGUACAACACUUGGUUGGUCUUCCGAAGGGUUGUUGAUUUGAUCCUCAUGUGUGAUUUUGUGUCGUACUGCCUGUUCGCCAUCGUCUGUGGCCACACUCCUGAAGGAGAGAAUCCUUUGAUUGGUUUCUCCCGCUGGGCCGUUGGCGUCGCCCUAAUCGGCUUCAAUCUCUGGGUGAAACUCGACGCCCACCGUGUUGUGAAAGACUUUGCCUGGUAUUGGGGAGACUUCUUCUAUCUCAUCGAUCAAGACUUGACCUUUGACGGUGUCUUCGAAAUGGCUCCUCACCCCAUGUACUCGAUCGGAUAUGCAGGUUACUAUGGUAUUUCCAUGAUGGCUGCUAGCUAUGAGGUUCUCUUCAUCUCGAUCCUCGCUCACUUGGCCCAAUUCGCCUUCCUCGUGAUUGUCGAGAAUCCUCAUAUUGAGAAAACCUACAACCCUCCUCCUCCUCGCAAGCGAACCGUCUCCGGGGGUCAAAGUGAUGCCAUACCCACUGAUAUGAAAUCGCUUGAAGGUGCAUUCGACCAGCAGACGCUUACGCCCGCCCAAAAGGACGAGCCCGCUCCUGUCCACAAUCUCGUUGGUUUAAGCAAUCUUGACUUGUUCCGCGUCCCUGACUUCGCCGUCAUUCUUAUGCCGUUCUAUGUAGCCGUCCUCACUCUUGUGACACCUUCAACUGCCGUAUGGCAGGCGGCUUUCGUGUUUCACGCUCUAGCCUGGCGUGUUUGGUAUCAUCUUGGCCUAGGUCUUAUUCUCGACCAACAGUCUAAGAACAAGAUGUGGACGCGCCAUUUCCUUAAAUUUGGCGAGAGUGCCGGUGAAGCUUGGCGCCAAUGGAAGGGCCUCCACCACAUCAGCAUGAUCAUGUGUAACACCGCAUUUGUUGCCGCUUGCUGGAAGAUGUACUCGCCUCCUGAAGACUGGGCCUAUGGCCUGGUCCUGCUCAAGCAUGUUCUUGGCGCUAGUCUCGUUGCCCUUCAGUUGUGGACCGCAUUCAGUGUCUAUGAUUCUCUGGGCGAGUUUGGCUGGUUCUGCGGCGAUUUCUUCUUUGAUCAACAGGCUAAAUUGACUUACAAGUCUAUUUACCGGUUCCUGAACAACCCUGAUCGGUUCUUCGGAACGGCUGCUGUGUGGGGUGCUGCACUCAUUACGUGGAGUCGAUCUAUUUUCCUUAUGGCCCUGUUCACCCAGAUCUUGACUGUCUACUACAUCUCGUACAUUGAGCGACCCCACAUGCAAAAGAUCUAUGGUCGCAGUCUACGUCAAGAAGCAGGUCUUACCAAGUUCAUCAAGAAAUCAUUGCCUCCUCCCGUCAAGGGAUGGCAAGAGAGUGUCGACAAGGUGUUAGAUGACACCAGCCAAUUCGUUGAGGACUUUAUCGAUACCGCUCGGCCUAAAUUCGCAGCAGGUGUUAAGACCAUUGUGCGAGAUACUUCGGCUCUUUUCAACAUGGCUCCCGCACGACUCACCAUUACCAGAAUUGCUCCUGAUCUAGAAGGCCGUGAUCCCAAGUUCUACUCUCUUUCCGUACAGGGUACUCUUGUUAACAAUGCACCUAUCGUCGAGAAGUACACUGGAAAGGAGAGCUUGACGGGCCGGUUCCCUAAGCCUGUUAAGACCAUGGCUUUUGAAUAUGGAGCGCCUCUCCGGGUCAAGUGGAGAGCACCUGCUAACCACAGUAAGAAAGAUUGGAUUGGUCUUUACAUGGUUACCGAUAACCGUUCGAGGGAAACGACUGAGGUAUCUUCUUUGGGACGAUGGGCACCUACUAACGCUGGCUCUUAUGAUGCCUUGACUGCCGAUGUUAGCAUUGUGGUCGAAGAACACCCCGUGACCUCAACUGAGAUCACAGAAACCGAUCUGGUCGAAGGCGAAGUUGUGUUUGAAGGUGACAAGUUGUGGUGGACGCAAGGUGUCUUCGAAUUCAGAUACCAUCACAACGGACACCAUCAUGCCAUGGCGAUUUCAGAACCUUUCGAGAUUCGAAUCAGCAAGUUUGAUGAAGAGGAUGUCGAUCUUGGUGCCAAGGGCUUGUACGAGCAAGCGGUCGAGGCCGCACUUCUUCCAGUUGUCCAAAACUGCCUGGACCGUGAUCCAGAUAUUGCACCCAACCAGCCUGAGGAGCCUUUCGGCGGCCAUGUCGAGCGCGAUACAAAAUAUGCCAAGAGGAUUGUCUACGCCAUUCGAGAAAUGUUUGGCAUUGAGUUUGCACCACCCGUCGUAGCCGCGGAUGGAAGCGUUCGUAAACUUGCUUGGAGAAUAUGUAACGCUAAGGAAGUUUUGGCUCCAUACAGCAUGUCAUUAUCAAGAGGAACUACGACGCCUGCAAUCCAGGACUUCCCGUCAGAAAAGGCCUAGUUGAGAAAAGAAAAUGUUUGGAGAUGUUAGUGACAGAUGUUUUCGUGGAGAUGGUAUGUGGUGAGGUGUUGGUUGGGGUGCUUUUGAGAUACCAAAAAUGAAGCAAGAGGGUACUAAAAAUAAACAAAUGGAUAUUGUAACUUGUAGAGCAUCCCGAUAAUGCCUUGAUGGUGAUGGGUUCAUGAAAUUGCUAUUCCUGACCCCAUGAAAAGGCCAGUGCAGGCACGUAUCCUUCGUCCAAGCAUGCCAAGGGGAGCAAAACUUCAGACCAUGACAACGGAUACCAAAAUAUAUUCAUCAAAAAGCCCCCUAAGCUUACGAUAAUUUGCCUAAGUAAUUUCAUCCUUUAGGAUCGAGGCCCUAAAUUUUAGUCUAUUACCUCCCCUAAGCAUAAUAUGAUUCAUAAAAACAAUCAUCCA